AUGAAGUUCGUAUUCCUCCCGCUUUUUGCGCUUUUCAGUCUUCUUUCCUUCUCGGCAGCUUUGCCUGUCGAGAUGCAGAAUCUUGCUCUCAAGGAAGAGUUUGUCGUCAAGAGAGAAGAACAGGAGGAGACCGCUCCUUUGCAGAAAAGAGAAAACGAGAGACUCACCGGUUUCCUCGCCUCGCUCAACAGAACAGGCGCCGGUGUGUUUUUCGUCAGAAACGCCGUCAACUCCCCAGGUAUCAACAACGCCAUCAUGAGAACCAUUGGUGAUUUGUUCAGAGGCGACGGCAUCGAGUCCUUUUUGCAUGCUGCCGACGAGUCCGGCAUGGCCCUCGACUUGACCCUCUUGUUCUUCACCCACUGGGAAGUCUGGGAUGGUCUCACUGACCUCACCCACUACUACCGGGGCACUGAUCCUUCUCAAACGGGCUCUUUGCUUGUGGCCAUCACGAAGUUGAUUUUCCAGAACUUCUUCGGCGACUUUUUCGGCAACAGCACUAUGGGCGGAUUGUUCAACAUUUUCAGCGGCAGCAGAGGCGCUGGAGCAGCAUCUGGAAUGCGUGGGCUCUUGAGCGGGCUCUCUGAUAUUUCUUCCUCGGCUUCUGCCGGUGUGGCUUCCUCCGCUGGUGCCUCUUCGUCCGACAGCGACUUUGACGGAAUCUUUGACAUUUUGAAUCUGCUCGGUGGUGACACUUCUUCCAACAGAACCACUGGCACCUCUGUGACUCCCGCUGCUGCCACUUCUGCCACUCCAGUUGCUGCCACUUCAGCUGCUGACGCUCCAGUUUCCACCGACGAAGCAGAAUUGGACAUUGACGACGAGGACGAGGACAGUACGCUUGCUGAACAAUUCGCCGAUGUCGCCUCCGACGUUGCCUCUUUCUUCAAGCGUUCCGACGACGAGGACCGUGCCAUCAUGAAGCGUGACUCCGACGUUUUGGCCCUCAGAGUCACCAGACUCCUCAAGCGUUUGGAAGACUCGGAAGAAAACGCCGACGACGACGUCGCCGUGGCCACCAUGGACGACUACAACGAAGCCUGGGACCAGACCACCUCGAUCAUGGCCGAGGAGGACCUGGACUCGCUUGGAUUGUUGAUUUCCUUGCAGAAGUCCGGGCUUGGUAUCAGCGUGAUCCACGACGCCUUGACCCACCACAGAUGGCACAAAUUCAUCAAGAACACCAUUGAAUACCUUCUCGAGGAGGAACUUCUUGACUUGGAGGAGUUGGUGCGUUCGCUUUUCACUACUGGUGUGAUUUGGAGCGUCAUUGGCGACAUUCUCCAAUCCCACGUCAGAACCGUUCUUGACUUUGUCGGCGGCGUCUUGAGAAACGAGGUCAACGUGCUUGGUUUCCUCAGAGCCCUUCUUACCUGA